UACAAAACAGAUUCAAAAGCAGCAGACAAAAACAAACUAUACAAUUCAAAGCAAAUCAGUUCAAGAUGGGGAUCCCGAUGUUAUGUCUUCUGAUGAUCAUAGCAAUAGUGCACCUUGGACAUAACGCAGAAGCAGGGAAAUGUCCUAACCUUGAAAAAAGAUUGAAAGAUGCACAGACUGAGCUGGAGCGAUUAAGGAACACAGGACAAUGUGAGUGCAGCUGUAUGGGACAACCAGGAGCUCCAGGCCCUGCAGGUCCACCAGGUCCUCCCUUAAAUCAACCAAAGGACUGCCCAAAAGGAUUCACAAAGAAUGAAGUGCUAAAAUCCUGUCACAAGUUUAUUACUAACACAAAGUUGAUGUGGACUGACGCCCUCGCCUUUUGCCAGUCUCUCCAGGCAAACCUAGUUGCUAUAGAAACACAUGUUGAACAAUUAUAUCUUGCUGACAAACUCACAAAUGGUGAUCUACCUACUGAGACAUGGUACUGGACAGGAGGCAAUGAGCUAUGUGGGACGUGGGAGUGGGCUGGGGGUCUAAGCUGGACACCUAAAUCUAUCACUGGAUAUCUGAACUGGGAUACCACAUAUGAAUUACCACAGCCACAAGCAAAUGAUGAGAGGUGCCUUGGACUUCAUUCUGAGUUUACCUACAAAUGGCACGAUUUAACCUGCAAGAGUGAGGAAUAUUUUAUAUGUGAAAUAAAUCUUUCUUAAACCCAUUAACUUUGUAAAAGUCUUAGAUAAAGAAAAUGUAAACAAAGUAUUUAAGAGAUUAUGGCUGACCUUUAAAAUACUGAAAAGAAGGAUGCCAUAUGGAAGAAGAUGAGCCGUAGGACCAAAACCAUAAAAAACUAUUAAAAACACACUCUCAAAUGACCUCCAUACAGAUACAUAAAGAAUUAUAAUUGACAACCAAAACCACACCAUUGGAUAAUUAUGACUUUCAUCAUUACAAUAAUGAAAAAUGGGUGAUAACAUCUGAACCAUGUGAGCUCAUGUAGUACUUUACUAUGUGUAAUGAAAUAAUUCAAAUAUAUAGGAGAUUUUCCAAUGACAGCCCAUCCCAUAAUUUGUUUAUUCAAACAAUAUUUCCUUUUCCUCCUUUAUCACACUACCCUACCACGUGACCACAUUUAAAAAUGAUACAGGGUACGGUUAAGUUGCAAAUGGAGCGGGUAUUCUCUAUCUUUGUCCAUUGGGCUUUUCUGGUAAUAAUACGUUGAAAACUGCUCGAUGAAUCUAUACAAUGUAUAAUAGAACACUUAGAAUAUGUGUAAAAUCU